GUUUGCCCACCUUUAUUCAUAUUUCAUAGAUGCAGGAGGCCUGCAGGGUGGACGCUGAAUGGUUGAAAUACCCAUCUUUGCCCUCUACAAUCGCAUAUGUCCUUUCUCCUUCCAUCACAGCAUAUCAGCCAACCCUCACCAUCAUCUCCGGCGACAGCACCCAACGACUCCCGUCAGCAACCCUUACUAUCAUCGCCUCUGUAAUCGUCUCCUAAUUCGUUCUAUUUCUUGCUAUUUCAGCAAAACAAAUAUGUGGGCAAAUGGGGUUUUUCGGCUUUCUUCAUCUCCAAUAUUCAGAUUCAGAUGGAUGUUAUGUCGUCACUCCUCCAGCAAACUGUUUGUCGGAGGGCUUUCGUAUGAUACACAUGAACCAGUGUUAAAACAUGUAUUUGAGCAGCAUGGAGAAUUAAUUGAAGUUAAGGUUAUAUGCGAUCACAAGAGUGGGAAAUCAAAAGGAUAUGGAUUUGUGCAUUUUGUUUCUGAGGAGUCUGCCACCAAAGCCUUAGCAGAAAUGCAUGGUCAGCUACUGGAUGGUAGAAAUAUUCGGAUCAAUUAUGCAAACAAGAAAUAACAUCAACAAUGUCAGGUCUGGUGUUUGACAUGAAUUAACUUCCUUAGUUAGAGAUCAAGUGCAGUUAUGUUGGUUGUAAAAGUGUGUUUCUUAAGAACUGAAAUUGAUUCAAACUUCAAAGUAAACAGGUGUUUUGUUUCUUACUAAUCCGACCCAAUUACCCAAAACAAACUUAUACAUGAGUAAUAAUGGCUGAAUGAGUGAUGAUAUUUGUAUGAGUCAAAUGUUCUAUACAAAAGAUAUGCCAUUAUAGAUUGAAUGUUGCGAUAUCUUAAAUUCGCAUUUCAUUACACAGAUAAUGUAAAAACACAAAUCGGAUCAAGAUAAUCCAAAUUUACAAACUUAUAUUCCUCCUAGAGACAAAAAGAAAAACGACAUUUGAUCGCUAAUACAUGAUGAUAAAAGUUGAGAAACCCUAACGCUGCCAUGUUUCAAUGAAACGCUAUUCAAGAGCUGGUGAAUUUUGUCACCGCUUUUGUGCCUUCCGACACGGCGUGCUUGGCCAAUUCACCGGGAAGUACAAGCCUCACGGCGGUUUGAAUUUCCCUUGACGUGAUCGUCGGCUUCUUGUUGUACCUUGCAAGCCUCGAACUCUCCUGGGCGAGCUUCUCAAAUAUAUCGUUGAUGAAACUGUUCAUGAUUCCCAUGGCUUUGCUUGAGAUUCCGAUAUCAGGAUGCACCUGUUUCAACACCUUGAAUAUGUAAAUCUUGUAGGUCUCGACGCUCUUCUUGGAUCUCUUCUUUUUCUUGUCUCCGGCGGCAGCGCCUGCUUCUUUAGGCAAUUUCUUCCCGGCCUUUGGCUUCUUCUCCGCUGGUGCUUUCUCGGCCACGGCCUUCUUUUCUUCCGCUGGUUUCUUCUCGGCGGGCUUCUUCUCUGCCUUGGGAGCCAUCAGAUUUUUGUUGGGAGAUUGGGAACGAAAACGAAAAUUCUAGGGUUUGAAAUUUGGGGGAAUUCGAUUGAUUGCGUUUGU